GACAGACUUUAGUCUCGACCAAUCGCUUCCCAUGAGACUGAGUAUUCGGUGUUAUUGAGAGUUUUCGCAAUAUCAUUGCGAAUAUUUUGGAGCAUUAAAUUAACAAGUCGUUUUCUUUUAUUUCCAUCCUCCGCUUCUUUCGUUAUAGACUCGCUAAGUACAAACUCACGUGGAGAAUUGGAAACUCGUUUUCCUAGGAUUCGGUUAAAACGUGCGGUUGACAUUGCAACAUGUGAAAACGCACCGGUGAACGUAAUUCUGGAGUAAUUAUAAUUGGUCUUAUUUUAUUUGCCGCAUUCAUUUGAAGGAGUACCGGGACGAACACGGGGAGAACGGGUUUCUACCUCGUCUUGGUAUGAAAGCGUGAAAUUUCCAAAAUUUCGAGUAUGUGAGCGUGAAAAUGAGGACAGGAAAGCAUCCAAUUCUGACGUAAAAGUAAAUUCAAGAGGAUCGUGACGGAAUCAUGGCGUUGGAGCUGUCAUUUUUGGCGGUGCUCUGCAGUGAAAUGCGAUUGAAUGAUUUUUCAGAGGUGUUGAACGCGAUAAUCAAACGAUUGAUAAGAUUUUUUCUCAUUCUACUGGGCUGUAUUACGAUCCCAAUUCUCAGACUCCGGGGAUUCCGAAAGCAAAGGAGAUGCCCUCCCAUUGGAAAUAAAAUACUGUACAUGUCAGCAACGGAAUUGGCAGCAAAAAUCCGUAAACAAGAGUUAACUUGUGAGGAAGUAGUCCUGGCGUACAUCCAGAGAUGCCGAGACGUGAAUCCAAUGUUAAAUGCCAUCGUUGAAAAUCGAUUCGAUGCAGCCUUGGAAGAAGCCCGCGAGAUCGACGUUUCCCUGAAAUCCGGUGAUAAGCCAGAGGAGGUGUUGAAGCGCGAAACUCCUCUACUGGGUGUACCAAUUACAGUCAAGGAGAGUAUUUCAGUAGCAGGGAUGAGUCAUACUGCUGGACGGAGAACCGAGGAACCAGUACAUGCACUCAACGAUUCUGACGCUGUGAGACGUGCUAAGAAGGCAGGUGCUAUUCCGCUACUUGUCAGCAAUACCCCGGAGAUGUGUAUGUGCUGGGAGACAUUCAACAACGUCACGGGCACAACGUGGAAUCCUUACAACACUAAUAGAACACCCGGUGGUUCUUCGGGGGGCGAAGCAGCUCUCGUGGCUUCAGCGGCAUCCGUCCUGAGCAUCUCCUCGGACAUUGGGGGGUCUGUACGUCUGCCGGCAUUUUUCUGCGGGAUUUUUGGGCAUAAACCUACACCAGAGUGGGUUGGGGCGGACGGGCAUUACCCGGACUGCGAUGAUCCUGACUGGCUCACCUUCUUCACGAUGGGUCCCAUGGUGAGGUACUCGGAGGACCUCGGUAUGUUCCUGAAAGUACUCACGCGCUCCGAGGAAGCCGUUGCGCGACUGAAUGAAGAAGUACAACUGUCGAAUAUUAAAUUCUACUAUAUGGAGGAGAUUGGAUCUUCGGCGGUUCGCAGCGUUGACGGAGAAAUUAUUUGUGAAAUGCGCAAGUUCUUUAAACACUUGGAAAAUGUUCAGGGGAUCAAAGUUCAACAGAUUGAGAUACCGGAGAUGGCGUACGCCUUUGAAGCCGCCACGUCAAUGCUAGUGAGACUGGAUGGAGUGGAUACCAUCUAUAAAAAGGGGGGAAACCCUCGAGAGUGGAGAAGUGUCUUUGUCGAAUUUCUAAGGUACAUUACCUUCAGGUCACCCCACACUUUUCCCAAUUUAUUCUACGGAAUAUUGAAAAAGCUCGGGAACGCGUUACCCGGUAGUCACUUCAAGUGGUACGAGAAGAAGAAUAGUCUCAUAAAAAAACGUGUUCAAGAGAUACUCGGUGACGAUGGAGUUCUCAUUUUUCCGUCCUUUCCAUCAGCCGCACACUAUCCCUACGAAAUUUACCACAAAAUAUGUGACACCACGUACAUGAUGAUUUUUAAUUCCAUUGGACUUCCGGUCACACAAUGUCCAAUGGGUCUGAAUAGAAAGGGCCUGCCGAUAGGACUACAGAUUGUGGGAAAUGCUGGAAGAGAUAAUUUGACAAUAGCUGUAGCCCGUGAGGUCGAGAGAGUUUUCGGAGGCUGGCGAGAACCCCCCAGCACUGAAGUAAUUGCUUGAUAAAUAACAAGAGUGCGAUUCACACCCCCCAUGGCCAGUCGAAUCGAUUGGAUUUGAUGUUUACAUAAUAAGUGAGUGAAUGAGAGCCAACGGUUGACACCAAAUAUAUAAGUUUUGUUUCUCUUUUAUUUUUCUGUGAAAAUGUUGAACAUUCAGUGAAUAUUCCAAUAACUUGUAAAUAACGAAAUCUUAAAUAAUUUAAUAUUGAAUAUAUUUCCAAGUAUCAGUGAAAUGUAGAAUUACAUGCCCCGGGAUACCGCAUAAAUAUGUUAUUGUAACGAAAAUCACGGUUGCAUGUGACGAAAACCUGAAUUCUCAUUUUUAAUAAAUAGCUUCUAAAUAA